AUAAGAUAUAGCAAAGCAUAUUCCAUUUUUAUUUUAGAAUUAGUUGAUGAAACAGCGACAAUCUAUCCACAUCAUGUGUUCAAUAUCGCCCCUGAAAGGGACUCAACGCCAGUGCGACAGGUGGCGUUCACAUUGGAGAACAUGCUCGAUCAGUUGAAAAGGCCACUUGUCCCUAACACGCAGUCGCUUGCACAAGCACUCGUUUACAAAUUUAAUGGUGCACACCGUCGUCAGGGUUAUUGGAGAAUCUACAAAAACCUCGUGCGAAUGCUACGAAAGUACAACGAGGACGAUUUGGUGGUGAGAGUAUCGGAUUUGCACAAGGUAAAUGGAGCAGGAUUCUACUUGCCGUCUGUGGACGUACUACGAUAUGUUGGUGGUGCUUACCUGAAGAGGCUGUUCCGUUUCUCUUUUUGGAUACAAGACUUGUGUAUUCGGACUGUUAACGUCAUCAUGGGGCAGCUCGAGUUGGGGCACUGGGAAAAGUUCAGCGUAUUUAUUGUGGCUUUAUGUGCUGAUAUCAAUAAUGGUGUUGGGGCACAAGUAACUUCCAUGGAAUCAGUCUACGCUGGGUUUUCAAAGUUUCUCAGGCCACUUGAUGACAGGUUGCUGAUUUUGUUCUACUCGUUAGCUAACGCGAAGUCCUUACCUUAA